AUGCCGUCGAAUUCAAGGAAUAAGAAAAAGAAGAGCAAAUCAAAGAGUAGUGGCAAUAAUAAAAAGAAUAACAACAGCAACAGAAAUAAUAAUAAUAAUAUAUCAAGAGAUAUAAGUGCUGAAGUUUUUGAUGAAUCUGAGGAUUAUCCAACGUCACGAGUGAUUAAGAGAGCCCCAAAUGGUGAUGUUAUUGUGGAAUCAAUAACACCUACUAUUCCAACAGAAGCUUCCAGCAAAAAAAAGAAGAAUAAUAAAAAAAAUGAUACAAAAGGUGUUUCCAAUAUGGCCAAUGUAUUGGAUCUUCACUGGGAAUCGUUAUCAUCAGAAGAAAAAAAAGCAAUUUUAAGAAUUGAUAGAGAUGAUGUCUUUCAAAUAAUACAAAAAUAUCAAUCCGAUUAUAGUUGUAAUUGUUCCGUUUGUGGUAAACGCCAUUUGGCCAUGGAUCAAGAAAUGGAAAGAAUUUAUUAUAUGUUGUACGAAAUAGAUAAAAUAAAGGAUCCAGAAAUUACUCCUAUCAAAUUUCAUUUAAGUAUCAUUAAGGAUUUGCAAAUAUCAAACAGUAACAGUACUAGUAAUAAUAAUGAUGAUAAUGAUAAUAAUAAUAAUAAUAAUACCAAUGACAAUAAGGGCCUUUCGGCAAGUCCGCAAACUGUACCCGUGAUACCUCGAGGUUUAGUUAAUAUAGCUAAUGAUGAUGAAGAUUUGAAGGAAUUCUUGGCAUCAAAUAAUGGCAAUUCUUUAAAAGAAGAAAUUCUUCAUUUUAAGCAAGCUAAGCAAUUAGAGCAUCAAGAACAUAAAAAGAAAAACAAUAUAUCUAACGACAAUAUUUUUGAAGAGUUUUCACGACAAUUACCUUCCCCUUUACUUGAAGAUGAACCACAAGGAAACCAAAUAAAGCAACAGCAUAACAACCCUGAAGCAUCCUACAUUGAAGAUAAACUUUUUAAGAACAAGUAUUUGCAAUUUACCCAUAAAUAUAUUUCUUCUUAUCCAAAAAUUGCUGAAGAAUAUGUUAAGAGAGUAAUGAUGUAUCCAGAAAUGAGACAAGUAACUGAUCAACUAAUGGCAAGUGAUGGCGAUGGCUUCUUGAAAGCCAUUGAAAAUUUUGUUAUUGAAAGGGCUAGAGAUGAAGACGGUAAUAUUGAUGAAGGUUAUUAUCAGAAAUUAGGUGAUGUUAAAUCGUUUACUACAAUGCUGCACAAAGGUCAACCAUUGACUCAACAGGAAUACACUGAUCUACAGAGAAAUAUUGCAGAGAGAAUGACAAGCUCAUAUGAUACUAAAAGAAGAGAAUUCAGGGAAAUUUCGCCAUUGGAAAAAGAACUUUUUACUCGUUUCAUGUUUGGUGAGGAUAGAGAACAAUUCGGUGAAAUGGUUAUGCAAUCAUUUAGAGAAAAAUUUGAUCAUGCGUUCGGUGGUGCGUCAGUUAGUGCAUCAUUGGCUGCUGCUGCUGCUGCUGCUACACUGACAAAUCCGUUAGGUGUCUCAAAUGAAUAUUCCUCCAUGCAAAGUGAAAAAGAUGAAUAUGACGAAAGUUACGAUUAUUCUGACUAUGAGGAAGAUGAGGACGAAAGUGACUUUUUUUCUGAGUAUACAGAUGAGGAAGAUAAUGAUGGGCUUUCAAAUUAUGGAGAAGAAACCGAUUCUGAUAAUGAAUGUCUUAACCCAUCUCAUCACCAUCACUCUAAUGACCAAAUAUUUGUACAGCAUGGAGAAGACGUUGAUACAGAUGAUCAAGAACAUUAUUAUCAUGAUAAUGAUGAUGAAACCCAUCAUAUGUCUCAUGAAGAAGAUUAUGAAAGUGAGAUUGAUGAAGCCACAAGACUAGAAGAAGGUAGGAAGUUAAUUCAAAUUGCUAUUACUAAACUAUUACAAGGUAGAAUUUUAGAAUCAUACCAUACAAAACAAGCAGAUGUAAAUAGAUUGAAGUUACUUCAGGAAUUAGAAGAUGAAAAGGAAAAAAAGAAAGCUAAAGAAGAGAAGAAACAAAGAAAGAAGGAGAAAGAAAAGGAGAAGAGAAAGCUACAGCAGAAAGCUAAGGAAGAAGAAAGACGUAAAAAGCUUGAAGAGGAAGAACGUUUAAAAAAGGAAUUAGAAGAACGUGAAAAAGAAAGGAGGGAAGCUCAAAGGAGGAAAGUUGAGGAGGCUAAAAAGAAAAAGGAUGAAGAACGAAGACGUCGUUUAGAAGAGCAAAGGAGGAGAGAAGAACAACAAGAAAAACAACGUAAACUUAAAGAAGAAAUGAAAAAGAAGAAGGAAGAAGAGCGCAAAAGAAAGGAGAGAGAACAGAAGGAGAAGCAAGAAGCUGAAGCAAGAGAACGUAAAGAACAAAAGGAAAAAGAAAAAUUAGCAAAAGAAGCAAAAGAAAGAGAAGAAAAGUCAUUACGUGAAAAGAAAGCUGAAUCUCAAAAUCAAAAAGAUGAAAAUGUAAAGAAAACGAAUGAUAUAAUUGAACAAGAGUCUAUAAUGAUAAAUGACAAUGCAGAUGUAAAGAUCAGUUCCAAUUCUCUUAACAGUAUUAAUAAUUCACAGUUCCACUCGGGACACUUUCUGGCUAAUGGCAAGGCAGCCAAUAUCGAUAAUGUAGGAUCAAAUAAUGAUAUCUUACCGAUAAUUGGGGAGUCCUUAUUAGGUAAUGCUACACCAUUUAGUAAUACUAAUUCGUUAUCUCUUAAUAAAUCAAUAAGCCAUCAAACAAAUAUUAUUCCAACAUCACAACCUAUAUCCUCGUCUACCGUUAGUAGUUUGUUACCAUCUUCUUUAUGGAAUAAUAUUACAGACCCUCGAUCAAGUAACACCAUAUUUGAUUCAGUUUCGAAUCAAAAUGCAUCGUUUCUAUCUUUAUCAAAUAAUGAUCGGUUUAAUUCAAUAACUCAAAAAAUAGGAAUGCAUGGUUCGUAUUAUCAACAUCCUCAACUACAGCAACAGCAAUUAGUAGCAGAUACAGGUAUUUCCAAGUCAUUGAGUGAUGAGUUGAAUAAUUUAACAUCAUUACUACAAUCAACCAAUAUCAAUGAUUCGUUAUAUUCAAGAAAUAAUACAUUGAACUCUUCUUUUUUUAUGGACUGA